CGCGGCGGCGGCGGCGGCGGCGGCCAUGGAGUUCCCGUUCGACGUGGCGGCGGUGCUGGGCGAGCGCUUCACCGUCGUGGACCAGCACCUGCGGCCCGCCGGGCGCCGCGGGCCCGCCCACCGGGGGGACCUGGAGCAGCAGCUGAGGACGGUCAUCGACGAGCUGGGCAAGGCCUCGGCCAAGGCCCAGGGCUUGCCGGCCCCCGUGACCAGCGCCGCCCGCCUGGAGACCAACCGCCACGUCCUCUACAUCCUGCGCGACGCCGAGGGCCGCCGGGCUGCCAAAGGCGCCGUGGUCGGCUUCCUCAAGGUGGGCUACAAGAAGCUUUUCCUGCUGGACCGCGACGGGACCCACAACGAAGCGGAGCCGCUCUGCGUCCUCGACUUCUACGUGCACGAGUCGCUGCAGCGGCACGGCUACGGCAAGGAGCUCUUCCAGCACAUGCUGCAGAGCGAACGCACCGAGCCGCGGCGCCUGGCCGUCGACCGCCCCUCCGCGAAGCUCCUCGCCUUCCUCCGCAAGCACUACGGCCUCGCCGACGCCAUCCCGCAGGUGAACAACUUCGUCAUCUUCGAGGGGUUUUUCGCCAACUGGCAAGCGCCGGCGCGCCGCCCGCCCCCCAAGCGCCCCGAGGAGCCCGUCAAGCCCUACUCGCUGCCCGAGCGCCGCUUCCUCGCCGAGGAGCUCGAGCCGCCGUGGCCCUUCAACGUGGCGCCGGGCCGGGCCGGCUCGCCGGUGCGCGGCAGCCUCCGGCCCUUCCUGCGCCCGAGCCGGAGCGCCGAGCCGGAGCCUCCGGAGCCGCCGCCGGAGCAGCCGCCGGGUCGCUGAGCGGCGCCGAGCGCUGAGG